UCGCAGCCGAGCCACAGCCAGCAAGCAGCAGCAGCAGCAGAUUCAUCAGUGCGAGCAAGAUUACUGUGUGCUGUGUGCCGAGCCAGCCAAUAAAAAAAAAAUAAGGCGAGAGUGUUUGAUCAUCGCGUAUAAAUUUUUCUCAAGGUUUUCACAAGCCUUUGAUUUUCUUCCAUUUGAAUUGCAAAAGUGCAAUUAUCGUCGUGGGCGUUGUUCGGAACAAGAGGUGUGUGUUCCAGUGGAAAAUAAGGUGAAUCGCAGAUCCAGCCAGCAGAAGCCGAAUUCAGGUGUUUUGGGUGUUGUCGCACUGAGGAGAAAAAUCGUGCGGAGGAAUUGAGCGAAAAUGCAGGCCAUCAAGUGCGUCGUGGUUGGCGAUGGUGCCGUGGGUAAGACCUGUUUGCUGAUCAGCUACACGACCAAUGCCUUCCCGGGAGAGUACAUUCCGACCGUGUUCGACAACUAUUCUGCAAACGUCAUGGUCGAUGGAAAGCCAAUCAACCUGGGACUGUGGGAUACUGCCGGACAGGAAGAUUACGAUCGUCUUCGGCCUCUGUCAUACCCGCAGACGGACGUGUUUCUUAUAUGCUUUUCGCUGGUCAAUCCGGCCUCGUUCGAGAACGUUCGGGCGAAGUGGUAUCCGGAGGUGCGUCACCACUGUCCGAACAUACCGAUAAUCCUGGUCGGCACCAAGCUUGAUCUCCGGGAUGACAAACAAACCGUGGAUAAACUGCGCGACAAGAAGCUGUCCCCGAUAACGUACCCACAGGGGCUGGCCAUGGCAAAGGAGAUCGGCGCCGUCAAAUAUCUGGAAUGUUCUGCCCUGACCCAGAAGGGCCUCAAAACCGUUUUCGACGAAGCGAUCCGAGCCGUCCUCUGCCCCAUCAUACCGGUGAAAAACAAACGUAAAUGUUCAAUUCUGUAAAUUGAUCCCCCUCCAUUGCAUGUCCCCACAAUUGUCCAAAAAACCCGGUUCAAAAUCAAACAGCCAAACCUCCCCUCUGGAACCAGUAGCUAUCCAAGAAUCGUUCCCUUCCUUCCAUCACCAUCAACCAACACAGACCAGAGAAAAAAAAAGAAAUCAAGAACCCAACUAGUGCAGACGGCAUUUCUCCGCAUUUGUGUUGAAUAGAGUUGUGCAUCAAUCAAAGAAAAAAAGAAACGCGAAGCGACAAAUUUGCCACCCCAUAAAAAGCGCAAACAGUGUUACGAGAGACACAGUGUGUGGUGUAGUGUUCUAAUUGUAUAGCCCCAAAAGUAGAAACCCGCUCCAAUGCGCCCCCGGCCCGGCAGUCCCCACGAUUGGAUUGUUCUCGGGGGGAGAAGUGAAAGCCAUCAACUGGGCCUCUGGUGGACGCAACGGACCCAACCAAACAACAAUACCACACGAUGAUACCAACAAGCGACGACCGGAUGACGGCCGGCGGAGGAUGGAGAUACCACGAGAGGGGAGACGACGCGCGAAACGAGAGGUUGAUUAAAUGGAAAGAUUCACCGUUAUAUAGAUGGCACACCCAAAUACAGACCAAAACCAUAAACACACAAAUGCAAAAAAAAAGCGUUAGGCAAAGCAUAAGUUAACCCAUAUGCUUGGUAUCACUGUUCUGCUGUUGCUACGGCUGCUGUAACUACAAUGAUUAUUGUACCCAUCGUCCCUUAUUUCCCUUUUUUCCCCCGAAAAGCAACAGCGCGCUAGUACGAGAAACCCCAAACAUAAACCCAACUGUUCUACAAUUGCCUAUAUGAAAUUGUUUUUGCUGCCAACGAAACAAAACACAAACACACACAAUCCACAGAGUUGUAGUGGAGUCUUUGAAGUCCCCUCCUUCGGAACGGUUAUUGUGACAUUAAAUCAAAAUAAUGAGAGAAAAUGGAAUAACUGUAAGAUUAAGGUCGAAAAUGAUACCGAAGGUCGUUAAAACCACCAAGCAGGAAAUAUAAAAAAAGAAAAGAGAUGUUUAUUCUGUUUAUUACGUUUUUGUGCUUUUGAAGUAACAAAAGUGGAUGCGUUUAGUUAUUAACUCCUUAUUUUAAGUUUUUCUUUCUUUCAUUUUACUAAGUAUUUAGUGUGGAAGAAAAUCAUUUUUCGAUGCGGAAAAUAAACAAAUUUAGAAGCGAAAAUUUUAUAUCAAAAUGUAUAAUGAAACACACAAAAACACACACAUUUCUUGUCUAGCGAGAGAAAAACUUUUCUACAGCUAAAUAAUCCAUUAAUCAAAGAAGGACAACAGUAGUGUGUGAACGAAUUACUAAAUCAAGAAACGCGCUUACUAGGAACGAAAUCACUACACAAGAAGGAAAGCAAAAAAAAACACAAAACGAAACCAAGUAAAACCGGAAAAAUAGCAUGUACGUUACUGUAAUAAUUAAUAAAUUGAUUAAAUGUUGUAACAUGAGAUUUUUCUUUUUGUUUGUCGCUAGCAAGCUGUUAUAUUUUUGCGACGCCAGUAGGAAAGAUCUUUUUCUAUUCUUUGAACAAAGGCUAUCCAUGUUUGUUUGAUUAUUUUAUGACAUAUGUUUGGAUGUUACGCACAUUCUUAGAGAGAUGCAAUGCAUUUUUACCGUUUUCGAAGUAUUUUCAAAACUGGCAUACAUGUACGUUCAAUCAGAUUCUCUAGUCUCCUAAAUUAAACUGAUUUAAUGACAUUUUACAUAAUGUUGUUUGGCAUAGUCAUUCGACAGUUGUAUUAUAUGACUUUGCGAUUCCUGUAACAACUACAAAAUCCAACAGUUUGGUAGAAGCUUGUAGGAUUUGUUGAAAAUUUGAAAUUCUUUUAGAAAAUUAGAUAUUCCAUUGUACAGGACCAGCUGAACGUAAUUUAGACUGGUAUAAAUUUGCACUAGAAAGAGAUCAUCGGUGGAGUUGCCCUAAUUGGGCUAAAUUUGCUAGGAAAUUAUUCCGAAAUGAUCCCUGAUGUCGCCGAAAAAAAAACAAACAAACAUUUGAUAGAUGAGCAAAGAAGAGAAAGACCUCUUUCUCCAGUAGACUACCAAAAUCCCGAUUCGGCCCUUAGAUGUUUUAACAAAGCGAACGAUGAUAACAAAAUGAGUAUAAAACUUGUCGUAUUAGUGACAAAAGAAGAUGGAAAAUUUAUUGAUAUAACAUUUUUAAUGAGUAUAAACUAUUACAAUUAUUAUUGAAUAAAUUAAUAAAAAAUGAAAAAUAAAGAAAAAAAUACUAGUGAAAAUCA